AUGACAAAGGCCGGUGUGCCUUGUGUACCAGGUUAUCAUGGUAGUGAUCAAGGACCUGAAGUUCUGGAGGCUGAAGCGGAGCAGAUUGGCUUUCCAGUAAUGCUCAAAGCUGUUAAAGGGGGUGGAGGUAAGGGAAUGCGGAUCGCUUUGACUAGCGAUGUCUUUCAGCAACAGCUAGAAUCUGCCAAGUCAGAAGCAACGAGCUCUUUUGGGGAUGAUACAAUGCUUGUGGAAAAGUACAUAAGUACCCCUCGACACAUAGAAGUUCAGAUAUUUGCAGACAAGCAUGGUAAUUGCGUAGCUUUGGGCGAGCGCGAUUGCAGCAUCCAGAGAAGGCACCAGAAGGUCUUGGAAGAGUCACCAGCACCCAAUCUUGAUCAAUCUGUUCGUCAGGACCUGUGGACGAAAGCCCGCGCUGCUGCCUUAGCGGUCGGAUACGAGGGAGCCGGAACGGUCGAGUUCAUUUUUGAUACUGAUACAGGAAAGGCCUUUUUUAUGGAAAUGAAUACAAGGCUUCAAGUUGAGCAUCCAGUAACGGAAAUGGUCACUGGCGAGGAUCUGGUGAGAUGGCAGAUUAUGGUAGCUGAAGGCCAGCCUUUGCCUCUUACACAACCCGACAUUGAACAGAAGAUUGGGCAGAUGGGACAUGCAAUCGAGGCGAGAAUCUAUGCGGAGAAACCUGCAAUGGACUUUAUACCAGAUUCUGGCGUACUAGCCCAUCUGGCAAUCCCACCCACCUCUGAUACUGUCCGUGUCGAUGCAGGCUUCGUCGAAGGGGAUGUAAUAUCUGCGCAUUACGAUCCUAUGAUUGCAAAAUUGAUCGUGCGAGGUCCAACUCGGGAGGUAGCGGUACGAAAAUUACAAAAUGCGCUGGAACAGUAUCAAGUUGGGGGUGUAGUCACUAACAUUGAAUUCUUGAAAAGAGUCUGCAACAAUCAAGUCUUUCUGGCAGGCAACGUCGAGACAGGUUUUAUUUCAAAGCAGAAAGAGUCAUUAUUUAGUGAGAACUAUGUAAGUGACGAGACUUACGCGCAGGCCGCUUUGGCAUCAUUAUUCUCGGAUGCUAGCCAGAACCAUGCAGCACCCGACCUUGUGACUUGCUUACAGUCUGGUUUUGGCAGCAACUUGCAGCAUCGCCGGUUUGGGUUCGUGGUAAGCACAAAGGAUGGCCUCACAGCCGGGAACCAGGUACUAGUCGAUGUGCGAGCUGUGGGGCCACAUUUAUUCGACAUUGACGUGGGCAAGAGGCCAUUCCAAUCUGUCGCGAGCGAAUGGAAGCCAUCUUUGCAGACCAUCACGUCAUAUUUUCCAAGCAGGAGGAUUGAUAGUAAGAUCUACGAUGGCAAUGGACGUUUAACAAUCUUUCAGCAAGGACAGCAAUUUCACCUUCAGCGUUUGAAACCGGCGUGGCUUGAGAAAGCCUUGGGCGUCAAAGACACCACUCACAGCGUUCUAGCUCCUAUGCCAUGCAGAAUAUUGAGGGUCGUUGCCCACUCCGGUGAGGAAGUGGAGAAGAAUCAGCCAUUAAUCAUCAUUGAAAGUAUGAAGAUGGAGACGAUAAUUCGAUCUCCUCAGCAGGGUAUCAUCUCGAGGAUAGUGCACCAAGCCGGGGUAAUAGAAUUCUUCUAUCUGAAGGAUCUUGCUCUGAAAUUGUUGAAGGAGGGACCCCAUAAAAUCGAGAAGACCCCUCGUCGUGUGAGGGGACUCUUUGAUGGCGAUUAUGUGUUUGAUACUACCCAAGCUAGCCAUGUUUGGGAACAUCCAUUUUACCCACAAUUUUACGUGCCGGCCUCUGCAUUUCGAGGUGGGACUUUGAUCAAAGGAAGUGCUGUGAAUGAUGAGCUUUCGGCUUUUCUAUCUGCAUUACGAGGCAACAACAGGUCUACCGACAGAGUCCUGAGUUUCGAAAAAGGGCCUUUAGCCGGGCUUGUCAGAGUUGAAGCAGGCGCUAUCGACGCAUGGUUUGAAGAGGAUGCUCGCAUCUACGGACAUCCUAAGGAUCCGUACAAACGCAUCGAUAUCCUGCCCUCGGGCAGGAAAGUCACCGUGAAGCUUGACGGCAUUGUGAUAGCAGAAAGCAAUUCCAAUAUGUUCCUUUACGAAACCCUGCUCAGGCCUCGAUACUACUUAUCGCCCAGCUCGGUGGGUGUUGUGCAACACAAGGCCCAGUUGAAUGCUAAUACGCCAAGGCGAAUUUUCAAUAUCUCAGACCGAGUGAAACGACUACUCUAUGUCCAUAUAAAGGAACAGCGAAUUGUGAGUCUUCUCAGUCCCUUUCAGACAGUCUCUAAUUUAGACUCAGAUUAUGACGUUGUUGUAAAUGGGAAAGAGCAUAAGACCACCGGUCAGUCAGCAGUCUCUCGCCUCUGGACCCCGGCUCAGAUUUGCCAAUUGCACUUAUCUCCUCUACGCCGCGCUGCUGCUAUCCCUAAGCCUCGUAGCAUUCAUAAUAGUUCAAAACGUAAAGCUCAUCCGGCUCUAGCGGAAGUCCUAGAAGAAGACCCUCUCCAUCCACCGGAUUCGUCAAAUCCGGCACUUUCGUUCCCUUGUCUGGAUGCCUCGGAGGCCAAGACUGCUUACUUGAACAACCGAUCCCUAAGCUCUGGCCCUGAGCCAUCCUAUACGACUGGAAAACAUCGGAGUUGGAGAAAUCAUGAGCCUCUGAUGCUGGAUUGGGGUGGUGUCCUACCGGAAUUUGACGUUGCCUUUGAGACUUGGGGAACCUUAAACAAGGACAGGAGCAAUGCCAUUAUGCUCCAUACUGGCCUCUCUGCUUCCAGUCACGCACACAGCACUGAAGUAAAUCCCAAGCCCGGAUGGUGGGAAACAUUCAUUGGUCCAGGCGCACCGCUGGACACGUCCAAAUACUUUGUGAUUUGCACCAACGUAAUCGGAGGAUGCUAUGGCAGUACAGGUCCGAGCUCUAUUGAUCCUGCUGAUGGCGAACCGUACGCAACAAGGUUCCCGAUUUUGACGAUGGAAGAUAUGGUCCGGGCGCAAUUCAGACUUAUGGAUGCUUUCGGCAUUAGGACGCUCUACGCCAGUGUUGGCUGUAGUAUGGGCGGAAUGCAAAGCCUUGCGGCAGGUGUGUUAUAUCCUCGAAGAGUCGGCAAGAUUGUAAGCCGCCAAGUCCUCAUGAUGGAUCCAAACUGGAAACGCGGCUUCUACUAUGAUAGCAUUCCGCCGCAUGCAGGGAUGAAGUUGGCCAGGGAGAUCGCCACAAUUACGUAUCGCAGUGGUCCUGAGUGGGAGCAAAGGUUUGGGAGAACACGAGCGGAUCCAAGUCGACCACCGGCUUUAUGCCCAGAUUUUCUGAUCGAGACGUAUCUCGACCAUGCGGGCGAGAAAUUUUGCCUGGAAUACGACGCCAACAGCUUGUUGUACGUUUCUAAAGCCAUGGAUCUCUUUGAUCUUGGUCGUAAACAUCAGGAAAAGAUGGUCGAACUCCGAAAAGUUAACCAAGCGAGAUUCACAGCCAACAUUCGGCGUGAGGGUGCCCAAUCAUGCAACUUGACCUUACCAGAGAUACCUUAUGAGGAGCAAGACAAGAUCUCUUCGUCAUUCUCGGAGCCAGUCUCAGGUACCUCGACUGAACCACCAGUGGAUUUAGUCGCUGGCCUUAGGCCUUUGAAGGACCAUCCCACCUUGGUCAUGGGUGUUGCAAGUGACAUCCUAUUCCCUGCAUGGCAACAGCGUGAGAUCGCGGAAACACUGAGAGCAACUGGGAAUAGGGCUGUGACUCAUAUUGAACUAGGAGAAGACACUUCGUUGUUUGGACAUGAUACAUUCCUGCUUGAUCUCGAACACGUCGGCGGAAGCAUACGGACUUUCCUAGGUUGA